AGCUGUCACAGCUGUGUUUGUUGUUUACCCGUGCCCGCACGUUGUUUGUAUCGAACUCGCUGGGGAUGAAGACGGACAAUAAAUCCCACUCACACCGUCCGAAAGGUGGUGGCCAACGGAACCGAGGCAUUGCCGGCCAAGGCAAACGGAAGGACAAAUUCUUUCUCGAUGUUCCAAAGUCGGAAAACAAACCGUACCAACAGCAGCGGAAUCAAAAGGAUGGUGGUGGCGGCAGUGGCAAUGGACGACCAUCUGGAAAGCGUGGUCCGGGCGUGCAGAAAACGGUAGCGUUCAAGCCCAAGCAGCAGGGACACCGGCAAGGAGGCGACGGCCAAAAGCCAUCGUACAACAAAAACAACCCCAACAGCAAACACACCAAAUACAGCAAACCACCGGGAGGCCGACCACCGGGCCACAAAGGCAAAUCGGACGGAAGGAAAGGUGGUGGUGCACCGCAACCAUUCAGCGAACCGCCGCACUUUGAAGGCAAACCGGAGAAGGUGAACUACUGUCUGGCGCCGGACCGGCUGGAGGCACAAGCGCGGGCAAUUAAGCAGAUCGAGCGGCAGGAGCGGGAGGCGGAGUUCGAGCGGAGAAAGCAGGACCGGCAGCUGAAGCACAAAAAGAUGACGCAGAAGACGCGCAAGGGCCAGCCGGUGAUGCAGGGCCGGCUGGAGAUGCUGUUCGAGAAGGUGAAGAAGGUGGUCGGCGUGCAGUAGUGAGACGAGUGAGUGAGGCGAGUGAGCAAACCUUGAAAAAAUUUGCCUAUCGCAUCGGCUAUCGCUCUCGGCUUCUGCUAUCAGUUCCAGUUCGGAAUAAAGUCCGAUUGACACCUUCAACCAACCAAACAAACAAACAGCAAACAGCGCAAGACGCACUGGGCGACUCCAUUGAAAUGGUUCCACCUUUCGUCCCCGUACCAUCGAACCAUCGAACGGACGCAGAUCCGGGAAAGUGCACAUAUCACUUCCAAAAUAAAGCAAAAGAUGCCGACUAAUGAUGAUGAUGAUGCGUAAGAAUUUGCGUGUGGGAGCAGACAGGACAGCAGCCAGAUAAUUUCAUUCCACGGUCGCCGUUAUCGCGCGGCGCAUUGUUUUCUCCUGCGGGCGUAGGAGAGAAUACGAAGAAAACUGCGAAAAAGGCGAUGCCAAAAUGCUCUCAAAAUGGGGAAAAUUAUCUCUGCCCCUUGCCGUGUUUUUUUUUUGUUCUAGAAGCGAUAAGCAGAUGCAAUCAGUGGCCAGAGAUUAGGCAAUCAGGCACCCCAGCAGUGGCAGCUUAUGUUCCAUGGCCUCUAUAUGCCACCCAGCUCCCCUCUCGCAACCUUUGUACCGGUACGUUUGGCAUUCCGAUACGCAAAUUAUUCGCACGAAGGAGAAAGUGUGACGAUCAUCGUGAGUGUUGAAAUUCCCAAGCGCACCAAGAGAUACCGUUGGGCAGCGGCGGCGACGGCGACUCCGACUGGACAGUAUCAUGAUCGAUUGAUGGGCACCACGGCACGGUGGUGUGCAACGGGAAUCAAUCAUCGGCCUGCUGCACAUGGGCUGCGGGCGCGCGAUUACGAGUGGACGGGUAUAAGAACCCUUUACCAAACAUUUCCGUUUAUCAGUGUCGUGCAGCCCAGCAUCGGCGUACAGCUUUACUCUCGCGCAUUCAUCGUUCGCUCGCUUUGCCGUGUGCAGUGCCGCGACGGGAUACCUUAGAUCGUAUCGCAAA